AUGACAUUAUUUUCCGGUCAAUUGCUAUACUUUAUCCUGUUACACUUUUCCGUUCUGUUAAAUUUUUCCGGUUCAGCUAGUGCCUCAAAACGACGGAUUAUUCGUUUACUAACUCCAUUAUCUAAGAAUGCAUCCAGUAAUGGUCAACGGUUAUUUCAAAAUAUUGCAAAUAAUGAAAUGCAAGAUAUCGAUAUCAUUUAUAUGAAAUUAUCUGAAUGGGCAAAAAAUGAAGGACCCAAUUUUAUGAAAGCAUUUGAUGAAAAUAUGAGAAGAGCAGAAAAAGAAGCUUAUGAAAAACGUGAAGAACUUGGAAUUGAAAUAGAUCAAUUACCACCGUUAGUAAUAGAUGCUAUCCAGAUCGUUGACAUUUUUCGGCAAGAUCCGACUAGAAGUAAUCUUGAGGAAAAGAAAAUGAUUAAUGAUUUGAAGAGAACUGUAGAACCGUUAUUUGUCAAUCGUUAUCAGAUUAUUUUGGAUCGUGCUCAGAAAUUACAAGAUGAAUAUGGCAUCAAUUUAUUUCGCUCACCUUUUGCUAAACGUAGAAAGAAUUAUUUUAAAAAUGACGAAUUAUAA